AUGCGAGUUGAAAACUGCGGCACUGGUUAUUUCCUGGCUGUUGACGAUCCCCUUGACACUGGCCAUUACCGAACCUCGCCCGAAAUCCUUGAUUCUCUCAAAGUGGAGACAAUCAACUGUCUUCGGAAGAGCCUCCUCAGUGAGCCUGGGACCACCCAUGAUCUAGUCGCCAUUGCUCCUUCACAUCCAUUCAUUCGCUCUUUUUACGAGAUCGGCACACAAAUUCGUAAUGGUCUUAACUCAGACGUUUUGCAACAAUUUGUGUUCAAGCACUUCUACACUUAUGUCAACGCAAUCUUCCAGUCAACUAGAUCUGCCUACGAUGGAGAAAUUAUGACAGUGGAUUCUUAUAUUGAGAACCGGUUGAAUAAUUCAGGAACAUAUCCAACAUUAGCGUUGUUCGUGUAUGCGUAUCAUCUGGAUCUUCCCGAAUGGAUUCUGGAACACGAAAAGAUGCAAAUGCUUAUGCGGCAUAUCAGCAUUAUGGUGUCCCUAGAAAAUGACGUCCUCUCACUAAAUAAAGAGCUUAAAUCCGGCCACUUUACCAACAAUCUGAUUCCUCUAUUUAUGUACCACGAUGGGAAUACCAUACAAGAAGCAGUCGACCGAGCUUUGAACAUGGUGUCAAAGUCUUACAAAGCAUACAAGUCUAUACAAACCGAAUUUCUCGACAGUGUCCCAGCUGAGUACAAACCAGCCCUUGAGAAGCUGCUCCUGAGCUUUACGGAAUGUCGUGAGGGACUCCUUCUUUGGUCGUACGUUUCGAAAAGAUACGUCGAUGCAGAAAACCCCGGAGACGAAGUCAAGGUAGUCAUUGGCGAGUAA